AUGCUUCGCCAAUUUCAUUAUAUCGACCCCAAUGGUAAAGACCAAGGAAUAAACAUCCGCAACCGGUCUCAAGAACUUGCCAAGUUGCUAGGCGAUGUUGAUAUGAUUCGUGCGGAAAGGAAAAAGGCAAAGGCUAAUAGGAACAAAUUCGGCGGAUUCGAAGGAGGAAUAAACGUUGGCGGAUUCUCUGGCGGAGGGGGCAGCUCCCGGUUUGGUGGAUUUGGCAGCGAAGAUGCGAACUUCGGAGGCUUCAGCGGCGGAGUAUAUGGCGACGGAGGCGGCUUCAACGGAAACACCAGCGAAUUUCGGGAUGCUAGUCGGAGGUCAAACCGGUUUGAGGAGUACGAUGAAGGUGACAAUAGCGGAUAUUCAGCCCCUCGACGAAGUGAGCCAACCUCUCGAGCCGAAUCCAAGCCUGCUCCUCCGAAGGCGCCAACCCCUGAUCUGGUCUCUUUUGGUGAUGAUGAUGAAGCAGUGGCGGCACCCUCUGUCUCCUCCCCUCCAGCAAAGGCCUCGUCCACCACAAAACCCGUUGGUUCGAGUGGCCUAACUGAGCUUGCAGCUCAGAGCAUGGAUGAUGAUGAAUUUGACGACUUCCAGUCCGCCAGUCCUACCACGCCGGCCACCAAUACCCUACAGUCACAGUUUGGCUCAAUUGCUCCUCCAUCCGCACCAACCACCCAAUUCGCUGCUCCAAAGCCCGUUUCAGCUGCUCAGAAUGCAAGCCUUAACGGCUUAGCCGCCUUCCGAUCCAAUCCUCAAACACCCUCGGCUACUGGCCCAACCUCUCAAGGAUCAAGCAUGGGACCACUCUCACCCACUACCCAGUCCCAGCCACCAAAGCCAACCACCUACCAAGCUUCGCAGCCGAACUACUUCACAUCUAUUCCCACGCCUCAGUCCAAGCCAUCAGAGUCCAAUAAAUCCACCACAAAAUCUCAAACUACAGCUUCUUCCAAAUCAGGCGGUGAUGCAUUUGGGAGCCUAUGGUCUACCGCUAGUGCCAACGCUGGUAUCAAAUCAACAACACAGACUCAGAACAAGGGCCCAAACCUUGCAAGCAUGGCUAAGGAGAAGGCAAGUGCUGGCAUCUGGGGAACGCCUAGCUCAAGUAGCUCUCCACAAACCUUUAGUGGAACUUCCAGCUCUCAACAGCAGAAGAAGCCAAGCGGAGGAAGUGCGCUGGACGAUCUUCUUGGCUAA